AUGGUUGAUCAACAACAACCUACAGCUAAUAAUAAAGCACAAUAUGAUACCAUUGCCUCCCAAUACGUAAAAUAUAAAGAAACAAAUGUUCGUGAAGCUGUUGAACAUUAUACAAUAUAUAAUUGCUUGUUGAAACCGUAUUUAAACGAACAUGGUUUAUUAACAGGAAAACGAGCACUUGAUUUGGGUUGUGGUUAUGGUUACUACACGCGUCAAUGGAAUUCACUCAAUUGUAGUUAUGUUCUCGGUGUUGAUAUAAGUUCAACAAUGAUCGAACUUGCUCGUAAUAUUGAACGCCAGGAGGCAAAAGGCAUUGAAUACAUGAUUGCCGAUAUUAAAGAAUUAUCACCACCUGAACAACCAUUUGAUUUAGUCACUGGGUUUUAUGUACUUCAUUAUUCUAAAACGCAAGCUGAACUGCUUGAAAUGGCUCGUGCUAUUUAUAUACAACUCGGCGAAAAUAAACCGUUUAUUGGUACAAUAGGUAAUGUUGUAGCAGGUAAAGCCUCAUUCAAUCAUCGAAAAUAUGGGAUAACGAGAUGUACAGGGUGGUAA